AUUUAUUUAUUACGUUAUAAUCCUACAACCUUAUAUUUAUAACGAUGUAACAUUGAAUUUAUGACAUUAUUACUAUACUGACUAUUUCAUAUUUACGCCUGAUUUAAUAUAAACAAGAACGUUUAUGUUCGGAGCUAUAAAAUAGUAUAAACAUAAACAUGACAUCGCGAUUUAGCGGAGCAUUACAAAUUACAAAUCUAGACGACUUUAUUACACCUUCACAGGAAUGUAUCAAACCGAUAGAAAUUCAAAAGUCAAAAAGCAAAACUGGUGCGAAGAUAAAAAUUGAGGAAGACGGGACACCUUUUGCAUUAAAUGAAGCUGGACAAACAGAAAAAUUACAGAAAGUUGAAAUCACACUUGCUGAUUGUUUAGCUUGUAGUGGUUGUAUUACAUCUGCAGAAAGUGUAUUAGUUACGCAGCAAAGUCAGGAAGAAUUAAUGCGAGUGUUUAAAGAGAAGGUUUCUCAGCAUCAUCAGAGCAAAGAUGAUGCACUUUCAACGUUUAUUGUUGUCAGCCUUUCAGUACAAGCAGUAUUAUCCAUAGCAAAACAUUAUAGUCUUAAUCCGGAACAAGCGUUAAAUAAACUUGCUGGAUACUUUCAUCAGCUAGGAGCAGACAUAGUUUUAGAUAUGACUGUGGCUGAUGACUUUGCUCUUUUAGAGUCUGCUAAAGAAUUUAUAGAACGUUACAAAGCAGCUAAAAAGGGUGCAAAAGGUCAAUUACCCAUGUUGUCUUCUUCUUGUCCUGGUUGGGUUUGUUACGCUGAAAAGACACAUGGCAAUUUUAUACUUCCAUAUAUAAGUGUUACAAAAUCACCUCAACAAAUUAUGGGAUCAUUAGUCAAAUAUCAUUUGGCUGAAACUAUGGGCCUUUUACCAGAACAAGUUUAUCAUGUUACCGUUAUGCCUUGUUAUGAUAAAAAAUUGGAAGCAUCUAGAGAAGAUUUUUAUAAUUAUGAAAGGAAAUUUAGAGACGUGGAUUGUGUCAUAACUCCAAUUGAAAUAAAACAAAUGCUUAGCGAGUAUAAUGUGCCAAUAAAUGAAAUACGCGAAAGAGAAGUUGAAAAACUGUUUGAGUCGCAAAUGGAAAAUUUUAAAACCAAUUUACUUGGCCAUAGCGGUUCAGGAUCCGGAGGUUACGCCGAAUUUAUUCUUCAUUAUGCUGCAAAACAUCUGUUCGAUGAAACAGAUAUAACAGUUGAAUUUAAAAAUCUGAGAAAUCCUGAUUUCCAAGAAGCAGUCUUUCAAAAAGAUGGCCACACACUAUUAACAUUUGCAAUUGCUAAUGGAUUUCGAAAUAUACAAAAUCUUGUACAAAAAUUGAAACGUGGAAAGUGUUCGUAUGAUUAUGUCGAAGUUAUGGCGUGUCCCUGCGGAUGUCUUAAUGGGGGAGCGCAGAUUAGACCCUCGAGCAAUAUUCAACCACGUGAACUGGCGUUACAGUUAGAAUCUAUAUAUAGAGAACUUCCUCGGAGUAAUCCCGAACAAAAUACGGCAGUGCAGAAUUUAUAUAGAAAUUGGUUAGGAGGAGAGUGUACAGAUAAAGCUUUGUCGUAUUUCCACACACAAUAUCAUGAAAUAAAGAAAUCAGAUAUAGCUCUUGCUAUAAAAUGGUAAUUAUGCGAAACCUUUGUCAUUAACUUAGUCAUUUUCCGUAUAAUGUAUAUCAUUCAAUGUAUUGUUUAAUACAUAUUAUAUUUAUAUUGUUAAUUAUGGUUAAUUAAACGUUUAUUAUAUUACCGUUAUUCCGGUAUUAUUGCGUUAAUGUUAAAUAUUGUUGAAUAUUGAUUUAAGAAUAUAAGAAAUAAAUUUUGUAAAUAUUUAAAUCCAUAUAUUUGGUAACAAACACUGAAAUCUAGUAUAAAUAUAAAUUUAGCAUUGCACGUUAGAUGAAUAUCUCAUCUUAGACAGGCUAUCUAAUUACUUAUUUAAUUGGACAUAGAUACAGAUAUUAGAUAAUAAUAAAAGAUGCAUUUUUUUUAUUAUUGAAACAACAAAUUUAUUAAAUAUAGAUAUUCAGAAAAAUGGAACCAUAUAGUAUAGUGAAUAAGAGGUGUAUCUCAUUACAAAAUAAUAAUUGUACAACUGAGUUUUUAAAUAUGUUGCUGAAAUGUACAGUAAAUAUAAAAGGGUACAUAGAUUGUAUACCGAUUGAUAUUUAUCGUAUUUGUAUUGCGACGUUCAUGUUGAAAGUAUAAAAGAUUGUCUUUUAUAGUUAUUCACAUUGUUUAAUUAAAUAAUCUAGUGUGACUAGUAACAAAUACUAAGAAAGAACGAAACUAUUUAGAAAAAGAUACUAGGAGUAUAACACUUGUCUAACAGUGCGGCAAUAUUAUCAUACUAUAUUCUGUAGUUUAUUUAUCUAUAGAGCAAUAAAUUAACUUCGCUUCAAUCAUCAAAUAUUAAUUAAACAAAGCAAUGUACAUACUUUGAUAAAACGAUCUAUUAAUUUACUAUAGUAUUUAAGGAUGCGCUUUAAAUAAUACUGAUGAGACAAUAUUAAAGGAAUACAAGUGUUGUAAAUAAAUAACGAAUUAAUACAUGAAACUUUGAUUUCACAACUGCAAAUUAUUGUAGAUAAAAUAUUUGUGAAAUAAAUAACAAUAUAUAUAUA